CUCAUCACAUUCAUCACAUUACCACCUCUCUAUCAUUACUGGUAGAGAGAUACUGCCUGGGCUGUCAACAUGAAGUCACCUGUACCACAAGACGCCAAGACCUUCGUCACAUGGUGGACUAUGGUGAAGGAGAAGCCUAGCCUGAUGACGAAGGCGAAGCAGAAGCUGGGCUCAUGGGAACUUGUGGAGGAGCACUUCCAGGCGGGGGCGUGGGAGGCGGUGGUAGGACUGGCGCUACACACCUCACCAGAGACAACACAUAUCACUCUGACGGAGGACCGCCCCUGGGACCUACCCGGACUUCUGCCCGUCCUCACCGCUCUCUUUAAGGUCGAUUGCGAUUGCGUGGUUGAUUGGCGGCGGGAUUGGAGGCUGGAAUCGGCAAAGGGAAGCAUAACGCCAGUCAUGGCCGCCCUCCUGCAGUGUUCCAAGCCCUCUACAGUAGAGGUGAUCCUCCCUGACGAUCAGUUCUCCUCUAACCUCUCCGCGCUGCCAGCUAUCUUGGACCGUCUCGCCCACACUUCCUGCUCUCUUAAUAUUUUACUUGAAGGUGACUUUCUGGCUCAGAAUGACUUCUACAUAUCCGAUUACCUUCUCUUGCCUUUACUGGAUGGCAAAGCCCGCGUCAGACUAAGGAGGCUGUCUUGCCACAUGGAUGUGGAGGCCGCCGAGAAGUUCUUCCAGGAGGAUGCUCAAAACGAUAGUUCUGACGAGGACUUCCCCGGCGUGAGGCACCGCCCAAUGUUUCACGCCACACCCUCCAUACGCUAUUUAGAAGUGCUUAAGAUUAGGAUAUCUUCCUUGGAGACCAUCGUAGCCCUCAACCGGAGUCUCCCCUUGCUAGAACUCUUAGAUGAAUUAGAAAUUCACCUCACCCUCCAAGGUUUUGUCUUCUCUGAGGACAUCCCCCAACUCUGCUACACCAGAGACAAGCUGACACUGCGUCUUAACAGAAUUACAGAUGCCCGAGCAGAGUGGGCGGGGCGUGUGACGGCCGCCCUCAGUAACCAGUACGCCCAAGUUUGGUUAUGUUGGUGUUAUAUGACGGCCGCAGGCGGGGAGGUGUUCCUCGACCAGCUGAAAAUCAACAGGACACUUGUCGGGGCUGUACACGUGUUCGCCCUAUCUGGCCGGCCUUGCGCCAGCGAGUUCUCUUCCCUCUCGACGAAAGCCGCCCUCCUCGCCACCCACACCGCCCUUUACUGGUAGCUGUAUGUACGGUAUGCAUGUAUGUACGUAUGUAUCAUCUGAUGCAAAAUAAACUUUCAGUCCAAUUGCGAUAAACUACCAAAUCAAGAUGCAAACACUAGGAACAUUAAUGCUACUAAGAGGAACCAUAAUGAGUAUAAUUAUACAGUAUAGUACAAAUUAAUGAUUUAGACCACCAACAAGUAUAAUUUUAAUUCCCUCUAGCUUACUAUUUACCAUUGUUUAUAUACCCCCAUCUCUGUGUACACUGUUUGUAUACCUGGAUAAAUUGUAGAGUUGUAUAAAUUUAUGGCAAGUGAGAGUGAAGGAGGACGCAUGUUGUUCUUCUCUCAGCCUACAACAACAACAACAGACGACUUGGCGUUGGCUUGUGUUAUUAACCAUCCACCUUUAUAUAUGGCGGGGCUACUAAGUUAAAAGUAAGUAAACCUGCACUUUCUGGGGGUGAUUGAAGAGUUGAUGAUGUUCCUAUGAGAGUUAAGAAGUAAUGAGUGAUGUUAGUGAGGUAAUAAAACAGGUGAGAGACGCCGCCACCUGACAGACGCCAGCCUCCAGCAUCAAGGUGAUUUAAUAAUUAUUUGGUGGUAAACGUGGAGGAGACAGCUACCAUCUAUUUUUCCAAUAAUAUAUAUAGUUAGGUAUUGUAGAGGCUGUUUUUAUUUAUUUAGUUUCUGAUCAUAAUGUUUACCAGAUUGAAGGCAAGGGUGCGACGUACAGUGAUUUACUUGCAUAUAAUUUAAAGGGACGACUAUUUCACCCGUUGAUGAUAAAAACUUUAAUGCUAACCUAACCCUUCAUUUAGGACUGCAUUAGAAUGCUUAAUCAUCGGGUGAAAUGAAACUAAUAAAGUGGAAUGUCUAAUCAUCCUGCGAUCCCAGGAAAAUUUUGGGAUAAGAAUUUAAUGAGUGUUGUGUUCACUACAGAAGACAGUACCAUACACACAUAGUCAUGAAGAGAAAGAGUUUUUAUAAAUGUGUGUAUAAAUACUGUAUGGUUGAGGUGUUAUUUUGAUUUACAUUUUUAAGUUUGGGUAUUCACUAAACAUUUAUAUUUUGUUUGUCAAUAAUACUCAAUAUAGGUCGUGGUAAAGAUGUGUAUUAAGUUUACCUUCUGUGUUCUCAUAAAUGAAAACUGACAAUCACUUAAUGUUAAUAUAAGCUAGAGUGAACACUAAAUAUUGCCAUCUGAGACUAAACUUGAGGUUGACUUGAUUAUAAUGAUACUCGAUGGUUAAUUCCUACUAAAAUUCCUCUUCCAAAACAGUAUAGUAUGUAGAUUCACCCAAGAAAAGUUAGCAUUAUAUUUUGACUCGUAAUUUAUGAAUGGUAAUGACUAACUUAUGAUUAGUGUAGUUGAAAUUUUUCCUUUUACCUUAGUUGGGUGGAAGACUGUUGUAUUCCUUCCAAAUUUAUGUCAAGAAAAAGACACCUACACAGUCCCUGGUUUAGUAGGUUUAUGCAAUCUUUUUUUAUUAAAGGUAAAAGGUAAUGUGUAUACUGUAUAUGUGGUGAUGGUGCAUGUUUACAACUCUACUUUGAUACCAGUUUGUAACAAUCAGUUGUUGUGGAAAUAUUUUGCUUGAAUAAUGCCAUUUGUUAAUGCUAUACUGUAGUAGUAGAUUUGGCAGUAUACUGUUCAGUAUUAAAUGUUCAUUAAGACUGUUAUUUUCAUUUUGAUAUCCACAUUGCAGUUUGUACUUAGUUGUUUUGUCUCUUGUUUAUAUUUUUUUGGUGGAGCUUGUGUAGCUGGGUACUGGUAAUAUACUGGUAAGAGCUUGUAACCUAAUUCACUAUAUAAAGUAAAAUCCAAAUUUUUUUAUUAUGGGUACUCUACUUCACAUGCUCUUACAUUAAAUAGCUGGGGUACCCAGCUACACAAGCUCUGCUGUACUGUUGCCCAUGUUGCAUUAUUCAACUUUCAAACAUUUGGCUUUGAAUGUGUUGUUUUAGGUAUGGGAAUCUUGUCUGCUGUGGAACAAUCUUGUGAAUUCCUGAGGAUUCAGACUUGUUAAAAUUUUAAUAUUAAUUCCUUGUAGACCUGCUAUACAGUAAUUCUUUUUUAAUAAUAUCUGUACUGUACUUUGUAUCGUGUUAUGAACUUUAAGGUGCAUCAAUAUAGGGCUCCACAGUUCUAAGGUACUACAGUUCUUAAUAUUAUCUACUGGGUGCUGCUUUGUACUGUAGGUAAGUUUUAUACUGUGCUGCAUUUACUUAUUGGCAGAUCAUAUAAGGAAUUAAAUUUGCAAGUGUUAUAUCCAUAUUUCGACAUAUUCUUUACCUUCAUAUUCCCUUGAACAAUUUUUAUGGGUAAUAUCAGAGAGUAAGGUUCUGUGUAGGACACUUGUUAUGUUGUGUGAGUGUUGAGAGUCCUGUGUCUGACCCAGGUACUGUAGUGUAUUAGUCAAACAUGUAGGUUUAAGAGUUGAUGAAACAUUGUAUGGUUUUAAAAUUACAGUACAAAAGAGUCUAUAGUCAGUGAUAAGGAUAUCUUAAAAUGAAGUUAUUUAGAUUACGUUUUCAAAUUCAUUUGUAAUAAAGGAUGAAUCACUUAAA